AUGGUGUAAUUAAAUAAUAAACUGCAAGUCGGAUUUGGGGGAAAAGGGGGAGGGAGACCAAGGAAAGUGAAACAAGGGAGUGGGGAGCAGAAGAAGGAGAUUGAUCGUUUUGAAUUUUCAAGAGAUCAUUUUUAUUACAGGGGACGUUUAAGCGAGAGGGGCUCUGAACAUUAUCCACAAAGGAAGGGGUUGGAUAGGAAGAGAAAGAAAGAGAGAGAGAAAGAGAGAGAGAGAGGCAUAGGCUUCUGCUGCUGCUGCUCUGAAGGGAGCCCUUCAGCGGCGGCAGAGAAGUGUUUUUGCCGCCUGGGGGAGGCGCGCGCGCUCGCUCGCUCGCUGACUCGCUCGCGCCCGCUUGCCUCCUCUCGUGCACAGCCGCACUCUCUCCCUCCUCCUCCCUCCUUUUCCCUUUCCUUGCCUUGCAAAAGUUUCGCCUGCCCUCCUCCUCCUCCUCCUCCUCCUCUUCCUCCUCCCUGCCAGGAUCCUCCUGCUCUGCUCCGCUCCGCCGCUGCCGCUCCAACCUUGAACUUUUUGGCAACGUGGUUUGACACAGGACCGUGGUGCAGCAGCAGCAGCAGCGGCAGCCCGCAAGCAGCGGCAAUAGCCUCUCCUCCAAAAGCAGAGAGACAGGAGGGGAUAUUAAAAAAAAAAAGGCAACGCGAGGAGGGAGGGAAAAAAAGAGUCCUGCCGGCCCCCUUUUCCUCUUUUAACUCCCCCCAUAUUCAUUCCGCCGCCGAGAGAGAGAGAGAGAGAGAGCGCCAAAGCGGAGCUUUGCAAGAGGCUUCGGAGCGCGGAGUGGGUUUCACGCGGGAAACCUCUCUUGAGUCCGGGGCUGGAUUGAGGCGCGCGGGCUGCGGGGCGAUAACUGAGCUCCAAAAUGCCUCGGUAGAGCAGGCGGCGGCCACGACCCGCUCCUGGAGCCUCUCUUCUCUCUCCGCCUCGAAGUGCGCGCCCGACGAAGCCGAAGAAGGAGGAGGGAGUCAUGAUGUAUUCGCCCAUCUGCCUCACUCAGGAUGAGUUUCACCCAUUCAUUGAGGCACUUCUUCCACAUGUCCGUGCAAUCGCCUACACUUGGUUCAACCUUCAGGCUCGAAAACGCAAGUACUUUAAAAAGCAUGAAAAGCGAAUGUCAAAGGAUGAGGAAAGAGCAGUCAAGGAUGAGCUACUUAGUGAAAAGCCUGAAAUUAAACAGAAGUGGGCAUCCAGGCUUCUCGCCAAGCUGCGCAAAGAUAUCCGCCAAGAGUAUCGGGAGGAUUUUGUGCUCACUGUUACUGGGAAGAAGCACCCAUGCUGUGUAUUGUCCAAUCCUGACCAGAAGGGUAAGAUUAGGAGAAUCGACUGCCUGCGACAGGCAGACAAAGUCUGGCGCCUGGAUCUAGUCAUGGUCAUCCUCUUCAAAGGUAUCCCCUUGGAAAGUACGGAUGGAGAACGGCUCAUGAAAUCCCCCCACUGCACAAAUCCAGCACUUUGCGUUCAGCCACAUCACAUAACAGUAUCAGUCAAGGAGCUUGAUUUGUUUCUGGCAUAUUAUGUGCAGGAUCAAGAUUCUGGACAAUCAGGAAGUCCAAGCCACAAUGAUCCUGCCAAGAAUCCACCAGUGUAUCUUGAAGAUAGUUUUGUAAAAUCUGGAGUCUUCAACGUAUCAGAACUGGUGCGAGUGUCUAGAACGCCGAUAACCCAGGGAACUGGAGUAAACUUCCCUAUUGGAGAGCUUCCAAGUCAACCAUACUAUCAUGAUAUGAACUCGGGUGUAAACUUACAAAGAUCACUAUCCUCUCCACCAACCAGUAAGAGACCGAAAACUAUAUCCAUAGAUGAGAAUAUGGAACCAAGCCCAACAGGAGACUUUUAUCCUUCCCCAAAUUCACCAGCUGCUGGGAGUAGGCCAUGGCAUGAAAGAGAUCAAGAUAUGUCUUCUCCUACAAUGAAGAAACCUGAAAAGCCUUUGUUUAGCACUACAUCUCCCCAGGAUUCUUCUCCAAGACUGACCACUUUCCAGCAUCACCAUCCAGGGAUCCCAGGAGUUGCACACAGUGUCAUCUCAACUAGAGCUCCACCUUCACCUUCACCAUUGCCAUUUCCACCACAAGCUAUUCUCCCUCCUACCCCAACUAGCUACUUCUCUCAUCCAACAAUCCGAUACCCUCCUCACCUGAAUCCUCAGGAUACUCUGAAGAAUUAUUCUUAUGACCCGUCCAGUCCACAAACCAGCCAGCCUAACAGCAGUGGUCAAGUAGUAGGGAAAAUGCCUGGCCAUUUUACUCCAGUUUUGGCACCCUCUCCCCAUCACAGUGCGGUGCGACCUGUGACCCUCACCAUGACAGACACUAAGCCCAUCACAACAUCCACUGAAGGUGAGGCAUCUUCACCUACACCAAUCACCUACACAGCCUCAGGCACAUCCCAAGCCAAUCGAUAUGUGGGACUAAGUCCAAGAGACCCUUCCUUCCUACAUCAGCAACAGCUGAGGAUUUGUGACUGGACCAUGAAUCAAAACGGCAGGCAUUUAUACCCCAGUGCCAAUGAGGAUACAUUGGGAAUUACUUGGCAAAGUCCUGGUACCUGGGCUAGCUUGGUUCCUUUUCAAGUAUCAAACAGGACACCAAUCCUACCCACAAAUGUCCAGAAUUAUGGUUUGAACCUAAUUGGAGAGCCUUUCCUUCAAGCAGAAACAAGCAACUGAGGGAGAUCAAAACUGAACAAAAUACUAUAAAAAAGAAAGGAAGACGGGACAAAAAAAAAAACGCAGAAGAAAAAAGAACCUGAAGAAAGAAGAAACAUAGACCAGCAAUUGCAGCACUUACAAUCACUAAUUCCCUUAAGGUUGAAACUGUAAUGGUGUUUUGUUUUGUUUUUUAAAAAAAGGGUCGACAAUAUUUCACUGAUGAGUAGAAAGAUGUUCCUCCUAAGUAGCCUUUGUUCUAUGAAAUCCACUGGGAAAUAGAUGUUUUGUCUCUGACAAUAUAUUUUAACUGACUUUCUAGAUGCCUUAAUAUUUGCAUGAUAAGCUAGUUUAUUGGUUUAGUAUUCUUGUUGUUUACGCAUGGGAUCACUAUUCCUAGUUAGCUCUCAAGACAAAGGCUAGGAGGCAUCCAUAGAGCUGCAGGAGAAUGAGGGCCAUGAGCCAGCUUUUCUCAGCGCUCUGAUUUCUAAAAGCCAUUUAAUUUAGCCUUUAGUUAUCAACCCAAAUUUAUUUGACUUUGGCCCUUAACCCAAACUUUUCCUAAUGUGUUACCUGUUUGAAAAUUUUCAGGAAGACAUUUAAAUAAACAGGCAUUUUAUAGAAUGCCUCACUUUAGGUUGAAAAUGUGUUAUUGUCUCAUAUGACAGUAAAAACAAAAAGAGAAAGACACUAAAAAUAAUUUCCCCCACAAAGGAAAACAUUUAGAGGCAAGUGCAAUUUAAAAAUUAUAUCUAAAGGGGAUCAUUGUUAUAAGUCCUUUAGCCCUUGGACUCUAAAUUGAGGGGAUUAAAAAAACAAGAAGACUUUCAAAAGUAUUUCAAGCAAAUUUAUUUUUCCCUCAGUUUUGAAAGGGGGGCAUUAAAAGGCAUUAAUUAAUUCAAGACAAAUCAUGUACUUGAGAAAAAGAAAUUAAUUGAAACACAGCACUUAUGUUGAUUUAGCUUCUGCCUCCUUUGAGGUAUCUUAUUUAUUUAAAGUUACUGGUUGAAUCGAGAACCCAUGGAGAAUAGGAAAGGUUCUAUAAAAUCUUCAUCACAGAGACUGAGAGAGGUAAAUCCAUGUCACUGGGGCAAAGCUUACAGUUUACAAAUGGAAAUGCCAGGUUGUGCGGGGGGGGGGGGGAUUCAAAUAUAUUUUUUAAUAAAUGCACUCUUUACAAAAGCCUAAUGACAGGGUGCUGAAAACUUGCAUGGUGCUCUCAGAAAUUAGCCUUGUUGACAGAUAAUUCUCAUACUGACAGUAAUGUGCAUGGGCAGAUACAUUUUGCCUCUAUGUCUCUAUAAAAAAUUAAUUAAACCUACUCUAUCCAGUAAUCCUAAUUUGCACGAAGUUAUAAUGUCCACAUAACGUGCCUUGCCUUGAAAUCUAAAAAGUGACAUCACUACACUUGUUUUGCUGCAUUUAUUAUCAUUUUAAAUCUUUACCAUUUUUAUGACAAAAAUAUUUUGUACUCCAGAUGGGAAAACGAAAAAAAAGUGACAUCAUGGAUUUUUUAAGCAGUUAUAACUUUAUCUCACAUUUAUAAAGCAUAUCAUGGCUGUGUAUAGUUGCCGCUUAAAAAUUGUAAUCGACCAGCAAUAUUUUCAGUAUUUUGGUGUUUUUUCUAUUAAUCUUUCAUGUUUUUCAUCUUCCAGUUAAUAUUGGGGGGAGGGGAUUCAAAUUUAUACGAAUUAUGCAAUACCAAGUUUUGCCUAUGUAGGUAGUGCUUUUAGCUGUAUUGGUUAUUAUAGGUAAGUACACAGAUUUAAAAGACAAAAGAUUGAUGUAUGCUUUUCGUUAGUUCAUUUGUUUGUUUUAAUUGACCAAAGUGGGUACUGCUAUUUUUGCAGUGUGAUGAGGUCCUUUUGUGUACUAAGAGAUGGACAGGGGAUUUUUUUUAUACAUACAUAUAUCUAUAUAUUCUGGGGCGGGCGGGGAGGAUUUUUAACACUUGACAGUGUAGCUGUGAAGCAGUUCACCAUUGGCUAGGUGAGGGCUGCAAAGCGACUCUUCUGCCUACUGUGAUAAAAAUCUCAAAAAAAAAAAAAGGUGACUUCUUUUUAACUUUCCACCUGGGGUGCAAGCUGAACGCAUUUCUGGUUUAAAAAUAAUAGUAAUAAUAAUGACUACAAUGGCAAAUAAAUAAAUAAAUAAUAGGUUUUGUUGGAGGCAGACUUGAGUUGGGGGAAAAAAUUUUUUUUUUCAAUUUGAGACAUCAAGACCCACAGAGAGCUACAGGCCUUUUAAAAGAUGCAUCAUCCCUUCCUUCAUCAUGGCAUUUAAAAAGACAUAAAUUGAAGUUAUUGAUCACAUACACAAUAUACACCAAUAAAAACAUUUCCUCCAAAGGCAUCCUCGUCACAUUAUAUUUUAUAUUUCAACUGAAAUAAGGAACAAAGAAAAACAUAUAGCAUGUGAUUAUCAAGUGCUCUUUUCUUUCAGAGCCUGACUAUAGAUUGUAGUCAUUGGCACAUGAACAUCAGUCAGUACUCCUUCUUUGAGAAUAGUAGAGUCCAACUUUUGGCUAAGUAUAUAGUGCAUUAACGGCAACCCUGCCAGUAAGUUGUCCAAGCUUUGCUUCAAUAACUUCUGGAAAGUGAUCCCACCACCAUGAAGGGCUUUCCCCAUAUCCCACCCCUGCCCACAGCAAGGCUGAAACAUAUACUCUAUGGGCAGGAUCUGCUACUUUUAGUCUGUUACAUGCAGCUCUCUCUUCCACAUUAUGUUCAUAAUACUGGCUGGCAUAAAAGGAGUGAGCAAUUGCUUUGGUCUAUUCCAGACUUCUCUAUCUGUGGAAACAAUUGUGGAGACACUUCAGAGUUAGAGUGAUUGAGGCGUAGCUGUCACAUUUCCAUUUGACUAAUUGCAGCAUUUAGCCAGACUCUUACAUUUUAUGCAAGGGGUGAUAAGGAAGAGAUUGGGUCUUAAUGCUCUUAAUUCAAAAGACUGGAUCACAACAGCAGAAAGAAGUUUAUACUUUGAGCACUUCAGCUGAUGAACACUUCUAUACAAUAUUAUCAAGUUAUGAAGAAAUAUUCAAUUCAAAUAUUUCCUCCUUUAAAGAAAAUUAUUUGAGACAUAAUUAUCCUGAAAAUAUAAAACUCUUUAAGCCAGGAGUGGACGAAGUACAUCCCGAUCCCAGUAAGCUUUGGUGCCCUUUCAACUUCCUCAGCUGCUCCCUUUCUGUCCACAAAAGGAUGAAUUGCGUCUCCUGGAAGUGCGGGAGAAGAAAUUUCCCUUCUAUUUAAAUAGGUAGCAAAGCUCCCCUGCAAUGUUUGUAGUACCAUUAUUUUUGAAAACAGAAGUAGACUUCCAGCUUCUUCUGUUAUGUAUUUGGUUUAGUUUUGCUUUUUUGGCAGUCCAUGUAGCCCAGAGGAUGAAAUUAACUUCUGGACUUGCUGCACUUUCCCAACCCACCUUAGAUGCAUUGUGUUUUUAAGUGAACAUGGCUGUGAAUCAUGACUGUUUGCUUUUUUCUUUGUCUUCACAGCAGCUUCCUAGUGCUGAACCACAAACAGCUACUAAAAAGGCCUUCAGUUUGAAAAGCCACUUGAUAAGCAGUUCUGAGAUCCCACUUUCUUAGUGGACCUCACUAUCUGAGUUAGUAGAUUUUAGGCUACAUUUUUCUUGAGUUUCUAUUUGUAUCACCACUAAUGGUGAAUGCUAUUUUAAUUGUUCUCUCCUUGAAUCCUCUUUAAAGUAGUGAUAGCCAUGGGAAGACCAUCUGAUGGAACAUUGGCUUUCUCUGGAGUUUCCUUUUACUGACUUCCAAUUUUGUGUCUAAAACAAUAGUAUUUUUGUUGUAUCAAUAAAACUCUCUAAGAUAGUUGCAUCUGCAAGGCUUUGUGGCAGUUUCAGAGAUGCAGGGAUUUUUUUUUAUUUGUAAGAUUUAUUUUUAGCUGAAUUAGGAAUCCAACCAGUUAUAUGUUGGCUCUUUUUUUCUGAGCCCAAUUGUAAGUGAAUUAAUUCACUAACUGUAUGGCUGCUGGAAAUAGCAGAUCUUUCUGAGACACCCUUAACGCACUAACAGGUAUCAUACAAUCUUCUCUCAGGAAAUCACUUAAUAAUCAGAUAUGGAUGAUGUAGUUAAAGUUGUAUGGAGGAUUUCAAUUGUGCAGGUAUUCUGUAAGAUGCUAUUUAAACUUGGGACAGUAAAACAGGAUGAAAUAAAGAUGAGUUCAGGCUUUAAAGUGCAAUAGUUUAAAAAUACUGAUCCCUGUACAGUGGACAGUCUAAACUGAACUUUUUCAAAUAAUCCUGAUCUAUUGUAUACAAGCAAUGGAUUUAUACAAAUAGUGGAGAUGCGAUUUUAAAAGGACUAACUUGUUCCAUGAAAUUUUAUUUUCCCCUCCUGUUAAUUAUUUGAUGAUCCAGGCCAUCGACCUGACAGCAUCAAAUGCAUUUAAGUGCUCUGAGGAGGGCGAGCUCUGUGGGUUUUUCUGCCUCCAUCGUUAAUAUAAAGGCUCAUUGGAACCGCACCUUUUUAUUCUUAACUUUUCUUAAAAGCUGAGAAUUCAGGCGUUUAAUGACAUGUUGCAAACUCAAACCUAGUCUGAGCCUCCUCCUUCACCAGGAAGUAUCUUCUGACUAAACCAAGCCACCCCGUUCUAUGUGCACUGUUCCACCUUUAUUCAGUUGCUUUGCAGCCCUGGCCUCUUGGCAGUGCCACUGAAGUGUGUUUUCCCCUAGAAUGACAUGAACAUUUGAGGCUUGACUAAGGAAAAAAGGCAGUGAAGGAGACUGUACAUAAAGACAUGGCAAAAUAUUAAAUAUAGCAAUAUAGUUGUGCGUUCAGGUGGGCAGCUCCAUUUAAAAUAUGUGAAUGAACCUGUGAAGCUGCA